UGACAGAAGUUACAAAAAGAAAGCAGGCUACCCAACAAUAAGUACAAUACAUUUCUAGAUUUGUUGUUUUUAAAGUGUUGGGAAUUGUCUCUAUCCAGGUGAUGGUUAUAGGGCUAUGCACAUGUAAGAGUUCACUAAGCUACCGAUGUCAGAAUAGCACAUUUAAGAACUUCAUAUUUAAAUAAGAAAGUAAAAGCAGCAUGGGAGAGGUGAAGGGGAACGAGGAGGGCUUCUGGGAUGCUGGUACUGUCUUGUUUUUUAAUCUAGGUGCCAGUGAAAUGAAUAUGUUCAGUUUGUGAAAACUCAUCAAAUUGUAUCUUUGUGCUUUGGGCCUUUUUUAAAAAGUCCCCCAAAAGACAUCACUCUUGCCGUUGAGAAACUCAGAGUACAGUGAGAGAAAUGCAUAUAAAAAUACUGUAGUUAGAAUACACUGGGAUACAUGCUAGCCAAGAAGUGAGAUUUAAGAUGUAUGGAGAUUAUGUCAAAGCUGGAAUCAGUAGCAGCAGCUUCAUAAGGACUGUGCACAUGUGUAGAUAGAUAUACUAUUUGAUGGAACUGAAAACGUGCCAGUUUAUUAAUUUUUCAAGGCUACUUUGAGAUUAUUUGAGGGGCAGUAGUUUAGGUGAGGCAUUUGAAAGAAAGGGCAGUAUGACUAUCAUUACCACUUGUAAGCAUGUCUUAGAUGACUGAAUUUAUAAAAAUAUUUGUAAUUCAACUUACUUUACAGAAUUUAUAUUACUUUCCUUUUACAUUACAUUUAACUUAAUCAAUACUACUAAAAAAAGGGGUGGGGGAAAGCACUAAUUUGUUAAUUGGCAUAUUUUGAACAUGCUUUGCCACAAGUAAAAUAUACUUGUCUAGUGACUUCACAACUUGUAUGCACAUUAGAAUCACCUGGAGACUUGCAAACAUUCCACGUUCCAGCUCACAUCCAAGACCAAUUAAAUCAUAAACUCUGGAAGUGGGACACAGGCAUAGGUAUUUUGUUUGAAGUGCCCCCAGAUGAUUCCAAAACACAGAUAAGUUGUCAUUAAAAUCAAUACUUCAUUAAAAUUAAAGUGAAGUGACAGAUCCUAGCUUAUUUAGGGAUGGCUUUUAAAUAGGGUUUUCAUAUAGACGUUUAAAAUCUGAACUAUACUUACCCUGUAGCACCAUUUCUAAAAAUUUUUUAAACUUAAUUUUAUCAUUUUGGAAGUUGUUUUAAGUAGCAAAAAAUGUAAGUGCUAAUUCUUUAAAUCAGAAAACUUUGGAUUCCUUAGUGAGAUAAUUACCUAAAUGCCAGCUCAAGGUUAAAGACCGUGCUGCCACAUUGGCAAGUGUUAUGUAACAGUUUAAAUACUGUCUGCAACAGAGAGAGUAAACAGCGAGAAACAGAUCUAGCUUCAAGGCCCAGUUUUAUUUGUGAGACAGAAUUUUAUUUCACUCAGAGGAAGUUAAUAAAAACUGACCAAAUGCAAGUGUAACUCACUAAGCACUGCUUUCAUAGGUCACAAAAAUCUCUGGACCAAAACAGAAAACAAGCCAAACUACAGCUAAGUUCCUUUGCCAGAUUUUAUGUAAUCAUAUUACUUCUGUUUGUUCCAAUUAUUACUCAUAUUUGAGUAUUCAGAGUCCCCAAUUAAUUCUGAAUUUAUGGUCUUCUCUUUCCUUCCUGUUGGCUUCAAAAUUGUCAUCUGGUGGAGGGGAAGAAGACAUACACAUCCCAGAUUUUCAUCACUCAACCUUGGGCAUCUCCAAAACCUUGGAUCCAUGACUGUAGUACGAAGGAGAAAAUGGUUUAAUUCAUUCAAAAGGACUAAUAUCAUACUGCAACAUUUGAGACUGUCCAGCCACACAGAUGCAGCAGGAGAAGUACUAUUGGAAAGAAAAGGUUGUGCAGGAGUAAUAACACUAAACAGACCAAAGGCCCUAAAUGCACUGACUCUUAAUAUGAUUCGGCAGAUUUAUCCACAGCUAAAGAAGUGGGAACAAGAUCCCGAAACUUUCCUGAUCAUGAUAAAGGGAGUUGGUGGAAAGGCUUUCUGUGCUGGGGGUGAUAUCAUAGAAGUUAUAAAGGCAAACAAGAAGAUAUCUCAAGAUUUCUUCAGAGAAGAAUAUGUGCUAAACAAUGCCAUUGAUUCUUGCCAGAAACCCUAUGUUGCACUUAUUCAUGGAAUUACAAUGGGUGGGGGAGUUGGACUCUCGAUUCAUGGGCUAUUCCGAGUGGCUACCGAAAAGUCUCUCUUUGCAAUGCCAGAAACUGCAAUAGGACUAUUCCCUGAUGUAGGUGGAGGUUAUUUCUUGCCAAGACUUCAAGGAAAACUUGGUUACUUCCUUGCAUUAACAGGAUUCAGGCUGAAAGGAAGAGAUGUGUACAGAACAGGAAUUGCUACACACUUUGUAGAUUCUGAAAAGUUGGGCAUGUUAGAAGAAGAUUUGUUAGCCCUGAAAUCUCCUUCAAAAGAAGAUAUUGCAGAUGUCUUAGAAACUUACCACACAAAGUCCAAGAUUGAUCAGGACAAGCCCUUCAUACUUGAGGAGCACAUGGACAAAAUAAACAGUUGGUUCUCUGCCAAUAAUGUGGAACAGAUUAUUGAAAAUUUACAGCAAGAUGGUUCAUCUUUUGCCCUAGAGCAGUUGAAGAUAAUUAAUAAAAUGUCUCCAACAUCUCUAAAGAUCACAUUAAGGCAACUCAGAGAGGGGUCUUCAAAGACCUUGCAAGAAGUAUUAACUAUGGAAUAUCGGCUGAGUCAAGCUUGUGUGGGAGGCCAUGACUUUCCCGAAGGCGUAAGGGCACUUUUAAUAGAUAAAGACCAGAGUCCAAAGUGGAAACCAGCCAGUCUAAAAGAAGUUACUGAUGAAGAUUUGAAUAAUUACUUUAAAUCUCUGGGAAGCAAUGAUUUGAAAUUUUGAAGUCACUGGAUUUUGAAGCACCAACUAUAUCCACAGUUCAAGAAAGUGAUAUAAUUCUGCAGCGUCAAGGCCCCUCACUCUCAAUAUAUGGGAUGUCAGAGUAUUUGAUGUUCUUGUCUGCCCACUGCUGCAAGGCAUCACUCACGAUUUCCUGGGACAGGCGGUGUGCAAAUUCAGAGACCACAAUUUUGGGCUCUGUGGGUUCCUUCACUUCCUGGAUGGUAACUGGAGACGGCAUCCUAGGUGGAAAUCUCUCUGCUGACAUGAAGCUUUCUGCACUUGUCUGCCGCUUGUCACCCUCAGUUGUGGUAGGAAAUGGGAAAGUCUGCUUUGAUUUCAUGCAGCCCAUGUUAUCAAGAACGUUGAGGGAAGCAAGGCAGUAGGAAAGACUAUUUCAACAGCAUCUUUAGGAAACACGGAGCAUUUGUCCACGUGACGCUGACCAGUGCUUUUCCUCUCCAGGUACCUCAGAAAUCACUGUUCCCUUUUACCACCUUCAUAUGUGUUUAUCUGUCAAGAAAAGAGAAGUUUCAUUGUGAAGGUUUAGAAUGCAAAAUAUGACAGGAUCACAUAGCAUGUGGAAACAGUCCUUUUUAGCACUGGUCACUUGGAGGAAAUGUGAAGUAACCGUAGCUUUAUCUUAUCAACAGAAAAAAGGAUAAUCAAUAAAAAUGGCACGUUACAAAAUAGGAAAACAUUUUUAUAAGAUCUUGAAAAGUUUAUAAAACUGAAAACACAACUUAAACUUUAGCUAACUUAACAAACUCUAUAGUCUUUGGGCCAAAUUCUAGCUGCCUGUUUUAUAAAUGAAGUCUACUGGAACACAGCCAUGCCCAUUUGUUUACGUAUCAUCUAUGACUACAGUGAAUACUGGGUGGGUUUUGUUUUCGAACUUUCUCACUCUGCAGGGGUCUUAUACAAGUUGACUAUAAGUCAGGGUGGGUCAGACAGCACAAUAUAGUCUUAACAGUAGAUUGUGGCUUGGGCGGGAACUGUGUGAUGGCGACAGAUAACAGGACAGGUAAGAUGCAAAAGUGAGGGAGCCACGUGAAUGACACAAGCUCAUUUCUGGCCAUGCCCAGGCCUCCCAGUCUGCAGAAUAAGUGGGAGGAGCUACUGUCCAAUCUGAUGGCACUGAGCUACAAUCAGACUUCACACACGAGCUAACAAUGUGGGCCAGGUAGCACGUCCUUGGUCUGGGGUCCCAGGUGUGAGCUCCCAGGCAUCCCUCUCCAGGCCGACCUUAUUCAGUGGGCAGCAAAGGUGGCUUUUUUCAAGCUAGAAUUGGACCAGUUGAUGGACACUCUUUGUCAGGUCUGACAGAACCAAGCAGAAUCUUUUGAAAUAUCCCACUUCCCUCUCCGUCUCAUCCAUGUCCACACUGUCUCGGUAUCUUCAGGGAGAAAGACAUCAUCACGGAGCUGCUGGCUCUGUCUCCCUUCUUCCUGUUUCUCUUGCUCUUGCCCCUGGGCUGAGGGGAGUCGGCCAGCACCAGAUUGCUGCUGUGCGUGUGCUCACUGGGACAGGCGGGCUCCUGGACAACCCACCUUGAUGUGUUCAGUUGUUGCUUUUUGCUGCUGGCUUUUCUCCCCUCUUGCUUCUGCUCCACCAGGGAAGUGAGGUCAAGCACUUUAGACUUUGGCUCAGCCUGGGGCCAGGGUCUGGGCUGGCCCUCGGAGGCUCUGGGGGGUCUGUGAGCGUCCUGUUCGGCUCAUUGCCAGCCUUCCCAGCCUGUUUCGGCUUCUGUUUCCAGUCCCCCUCCGUGCAGUGAUGCAUGAUGUCCAGGACGAAACACAGUGACUCCUGCUGCUUCCCACUGACCUCCUCAGGCAGGAAGAGCUUGGAGCCCUGGGGUCUGUGCUCGUGGUUGGUGUCUGGAUGGGGAGUGAGGAGAGGCUUCUGAUUCUUCAGUCUGCUCUAGGGAGCUGUUGUGCUUGUGUGCAGAGUCCAGCACAGACUCUGUUGCUGCCUGGAAAGUCCCAGCAAGCAUGUCCCACUUGGGAUAGUCUUUAUUUGGACUCGCCUCCUUUUUCACAGCGGGGAGCUCCUGCCGCCGCUGGAACUCCUCUGAGCUACGGCUACUUCCGUGACACGAAGGCAGAGCUGAGUAGUUGUGACAGACCAUGGGGCUUGCAGAGCCUAAAAUAUUUACUAUCUGGCCCUUUAUGUUUGCCAACCUCUGACCUAUACUGUUAAGGGAAACCAGCAAAUCAAAAUUUGCUUCUGCCUCAAGCCCCAUAAAUCUACAUAUCUUGGGUUGUUACUAGAGUCAGGCUUUGUCCCCUGCUCAGAACGAUGGCCAGCCUUUACACUAGUGCCAUCAACUCUAAGAAACACAAGUCAGAUGUGGCAAAGCAACCUAUUUUUCUUCUGGAUUAGAUAUUCCGUGUAAAAAGCUCAAAUUAAUUUAAAAUAAGGUUAAAGGUUUCUCACCCUAAAUAUCUCAUUCUUACUCCUGUUUGAUAUGUUGACAAAAAUGUGUGCUGUAAUAACCCAUAAAUUCCUAACUGGGAAGGUAAGGGUGGUGGUAGUCACACUCCAGGCCUGUAACUUCUUUAUUUGAAGGUUUUUAAGCAAGCCCUGUCCAUUGUUUCUGUGCCUCUAGGUUAACACACCUUUGAAGUGCCAGAAGUAAUGCCCCAGGAAGGCGUAACUGCCCUUAAGAAAGCUUAUCAUCUUGUGAUCCAGCUCCAGCCUUGCUUUCUCCCACCCUGUAUUUCUUAAUUUCAAAUGCUUAUAAAAACCUGCAAACUGUUUUUCUUUGGAACAUUUUAGAUGUCAUUUUCUGGCAUUUGCCAUCAGCUUUGGUUCAAAUAAACUCAUAAAAAUUCUCUACAGGUUUGGAUGUUUCUCCCGAGGGAAGUGGACUGCAGCACUUGUGAUCUGUCUUCUGAGCUUCCCAACUGAUUAUCUCUGAAUGAAUUUCUCUUACAGUAGGACUUAGGGUAACUAGAACAAUGCAAACCGGCCUUAUUGAAGGGAGGUUUAGCCAUAAGAAAGCACAGGCAAAGGCUAUGAAUGAAGUUAUGUCCAUGAUUAUAUCUUAGUUUUUGGGUCAAAGACAUAACCCUAAAAAUUCAUAAAAUAAAACUCAGUUGAUUUAUUUCUGAAAUUACUGAUCUUAAGAAGGUAAAUGUUAGCAUGCAUUUAAUUCAUUUUUUAAUAGUCUGUAAUUAAAGUCCAGAAAAAGUGACCUUUGCCCAGGUCUUAUUGCUAUACAUUUUUUAGGGUUCUAUAAAUUCUACCUCUUUUCUCCCAUAAUACAUUGUUCCCCACUUCUACCCCUAAUAAGGAUGAUAUGGGGAGUAGAAAGGAAGUCCAGCCUUCUGCUUGUAAUGACUUUUAGCUCUGUAUGCCCUGCUACACGCUCCAGAGGUUACUGCAAAAAUGGAACAAGGGAGUGUGAUGUUUGUCUGGUUUACUAGACUGAACUUCUUAAAGACAAGAACUGUCCUGGUUGUACAUCGCCAACAUGUAAUGACUUACAUAGUAUCUGUUUUGUGUUUUGAGGCAUGAUUAAGGGAAAUGGACAUAGUUAACCUGAAAAUGAUUACUUAGAAAAUUGAGUUUCAGAUAUAUAAAAGGCCAUGAAUAGAAUCUUUUCUGAGAUCUUAGGUUCUGCAAAAGCAGUUUUAUCAUACCAUAACAAAAGUAGUGCCAGAUUUGCCCUCUCACCAAAGACAACUUUAAGCCUGGACAAAAUAUAUGUGGGUAGUGUCACUGUAAGACUAUACUCAACAACGACAGGAUACAUAUUCUUGUCAAGUGCAUAUAAAACAUUCACUAAGAUAGACUAAUGAUGGACUCAACAGACUUCAAAGGCUUAAAAUCUUAAAAGUAUAUUUUCCAACCACCACAGAAUUAAAUUAGAAAUAAAUGAUAACAAAAUACCCAGAAAAUUCCCAAAUACUUGGAAACUAUUACAUUUCUAAAUAAUCCAUGGAGCAAAGAAAUCCCAAGGAAAUUAAAAUAUUUUCAACUAUAUAAUAUAAACCAUAAAUAUCAAAAAUUUGAAAUGCAUUGUGAAACCUCAGAGGGAUAUUUAUAGAUUUAAGUGCUUAGAACAGAAAAGAAGAAAGGUUUAAGUCAGUGAUCUAAGCUUUCACAGUAAGAAGCUAGGAAAAGAAAAGUAAAUUAGACAAAGUAAGGAGGAAGGAAAUCAUAUAGGUAAAAGCAGAAAUCAGUGAAGCAAAGAAGGGACAAACUGGAGAAAAUCAAUGGAACAAACACUGGUUCUUUAAAAAGGUCGAAUAAAAUAGUUAAACCUCUAUCUAGUCUGAACAAGAAAAAUGAGAGGACACACAUUACCAAGAUGUGUGUGAAAAAGGAACCUGACUAUACAUCCUACAUACAUUAAAGGACUAACAAGGGAAUACUAUGAACAACUCUACCAACCCAAACCAAAUGACCAAAACAGAAAGUUUGAUAACCCUGUAUCAAUUAAAGAAUUGAAUCUACAACUUAAACCUUUCCAGAAAAACAAAAACAAAAAAACCCUCCAGGCCCAAGUAAAAAAAUAAAAAAUUGUAUAUGGAAAAGCAAAGAAACUAGAAUAGCCAAGACAAUUUUGAGAAAGAACAAAGUUGGAAGACUUGCAUUACCCCAUUUUAAGAAUGAUUAUAAAGCUACAGUAAUCAAGAUAGUGCUAUAUUUGAGGAAGGCUAUACACACAAAUCUAUGGAACAGAAUAGAAAUCCACAAAAAUAUGGUAAACUAAUUUUUGACAAAUGUUAAAAAAUAAUUCAAUGCAAAAAGGAUAACCUUUUCAGCAAAAGGGAUUGGAACAAUUGGACAUACAUCCAUCCCCCCCCCCAAAAAAAAACCCCCACACAAAUUUGACUAUUUCUUACUCCUUAUACAAAAAUUAACUCAAAAGGGAUCAUAGAUCUAAAUGUAAAAUAUAAAACUAUAAGACUUACAAGAUGACAGGAAACAGUCACCAGAGGUUCUUAGAUAUGAUGCCAAACGCAGGAACCAUAAAGAAAUGAUAAACUGGAUUAGAUCAAAACUGAAAACUUUUCUCUGAGAAGAACACAGUUAAGAAAAUGAAAACAAAAACAAAAAACAAAAAAAAACCCUGCCCUAUAUCAGGACAAAAUAUUUGCAAAUAUCACUUAUCAAAAAAAAAUGACUUCAUUCUAGAAUAUAUAAGUGACUAUCAAAACUCAACAGUAAGAAAGCUACCCAGUUUUUGAAUAAAAAAUUUGUACAUACUUUUCACCUAAGGCCACCUACAAAGGGCAAGUAAGUAUAUGGAAAGAUGUUCAACAUCACUAGCCAUUAGAGCAACGCAAGUUAAAACCAUGGUAAGACGCCUCUCUACACCUAUUAAAUGAGCAAAGUAAAAACAAUACCGAGUGCCGGUGAGGAUGCAGAGCACCCAGAGCAUUCACACACUGCCAGUGGGAAUGCAACAUGGCCCAGCCAGUCUGAAAGCCAGCUCAGCAGUUUCUUAAAGUUGGAACAUCCACUUACAUAUGACCCAGCAAUCCCCCUCCUAGGUACUUACCCUAAAGACAUGCAAUCUGUGUUUACUUAACCUUUGUACACGUUUAUUGCAGUUUUAGAAUUGCCAAACGUUGAAAAUAACAAAGAUACUGAUACCAAUAUGGAUGACUCUUAAAAGGCAUUAUGCUGAUUGAAAGAGGCUAGUUUCAAAAGUGUACAUAGGGCAUAAUUCUAUUUAUAUGACAUUCUGGAAGAGGCAAAAUUAUAGGCAGGGACAGACAGCAGACGUAGUUAUCAGGGGUUAGGAGUAGGAGGAGAUUAUGACUACAAAAGGGCAGAUCGGGGGGAACUGUUUUGGGUGAUGAAACUGUUCUGUAUCCUGACUGUGGAGGUGGCUAUGUGAAUCUAUAACAUAUAUUAAAACUCGGAACUGUUCACCAAGAGUCAGUUUUACUGUAUGUAAAUUAAAAAGGUAUUUUCAAAAUCAAACCACAGUGUAAUACCAUUAUACACCCACCACGAUCGCUAAAAUGAAAAAGUCCAACAAUGCCUAGUGUUGGUGAGAAUGUGGAUUGCAUAUGUUGCUGGCAGCAGUGGAAAAUGGUACAAUUACUUUAAAGAACUUGUUUGGCAGUUCCUUACAGAGUUAACCAUGAACUCACCCUAUGAACCAGCCAUCUUAUUUCUAGGUAUUUAAGAAAAUGGAAACAUGUCUGCAGAAAAUUGACAUACCAAUGCCAAGCUUUAUUCACAACAGCCAAGGCUGGAAACAGCCCAAAUGUCAGUUGGCAGUGAUCAGGAUAUCCACACAAUGGAAUCUGUUUGACAGUACAAAGAGUGAACUGCUGAGAUGUGCAACACUAUGGAUGAACCUCAGAAACAUGAGCCAGAUACAAAAGACUGAUCAUAUUUAUCUGAAUUUCAAGUAUGGACAACACCCCAUGAACAGAAAUCAUAAUAGUGGUUGUCUUUGGGUGGGAGGCUGUAAGGACUGUUUUAAAGGGGACAUGAAAGAACUUUCUCGGUGAUGAAAAUGUUCUAUAUCUUGAUUGAUGUGUUGAUUACAUGGGUGUAUACAUUUGUCAAAACUUGUCCAAUUGUACCCUUAGCAUCUCUGUAUUUUAUUGUAAUUUUUACUUCAAUAAUACAGCUUUUUGAGAACA